UCGGGUCCGGUGUUGAGCGGCUCGUGUGGCCCGGAGCGGAGCGUGCGGGGGUCCAGAGCCCCCGGUUGCGGGCUUCGCCGUUUCUGCGCGGGACCCAGAAGCGGCGGGAAGCGCGGCGUCGCUGGGGAAGACGAGACGGCGUGAGAGCCAUGGGGAAGAGAUCCCGGCGGCGUGGAGCGGCCCAGUGGGCAGCUGUGCGGGCCAGGGCAGGUCGCACCGCCACGGACGAAAAUGAGGAGGACUUAGGGUCGCCGCCGUCCCCGGGGGACUCCAGCUACUACCAAGAUCAGGUAGAUGAGUUCCAUGAAGCGCGGUCCCGGGCAGCCUUAGCCAAGUGCUGGAACGAAGUGGACAGUGGGGAGGAGGAGGAUGGUGAUGAGGAGGAAGAGGUGCUCGCCCUAGAUACUGAUGACGAGAACGAGGAAGACGGAGAGAGUUCGGAGGACGAGGAGGAUGGCGAGGACGACCAUGGUGGGAGCUCUGUGCAGAGCGAGGCUGAGGCCACUGCGGAUCCCAGCCUGUCCUGGGGUCAGAGGAAGAAGCUUUAUUACGAUACGGACUAUGGUUCCAAAUCCCGAGGCCGUCAGAGUCAGCAGGAAGUAGAAGAGGAAGAAAGAGAGGAAGAGGAGGAGGCACAGGUAAUUCAGCGGCGCCUGGCCCAAGCCCUGCAAGAGGAUGACUUUGGAGUCGCUUGGGUGGAGGCCUUUGCCAAGCCGGUGCCCCAGGUCAGCGAAGCUGAGACUCGGGUCGUGAAGGAUUUGGCUAAAGUCUCCGUAAAAGAGAAGCUGAAAAUGUUGAGAAAAGAAUCACCCGAGCUCUUGGAGCUGAUAGAAGACCUCAAAGCCAAGUUGGCGGAAGUGAAAGAUGAGUUGGAGCCCCUGUUACAGUUGGCGGAGAAAGGAGUCAUUCCCCCUGGGAAAGGAAGCCAGUACCUGAGGACUAAGUACAACCUCUACUUGAACUACUGCGCCAACAUCAGUUUCUAUUUGAUCUUAAAAGCCAGGAGGGUCCCUGCACACGGACAUCCUGUCAUAGAAAGGCUUGUCACCUACAGAAAUCUGAUCAACAAGCUGUCAGUUGUGGACCAGAAACUGUCCUCCGAAAUUCGUCACCUGCUCACAGCCAAGGAUGGUGCUGUAAAGAAAGAUCUGCGUCCAAAAGCAAAAGUCACCAAAAGCAAGCCAGAGUCUGUUUCACGGAUUCCUCCCGAUGCUGCUGAUCUGUCUGAUGAAGCUGAUUUUGAUGAAGCUGCACUAAAAUACUCCCAGGAAAUGGAAGACAGGCAGAAGUUGAAAAGAAAGAAAGAAGACAAUAUUGCGGAGGAAGAGGCCCUCGAGGAGCAAAAUGCGAAGAGAGCUAUCACCUACCAGAUUGCUAAGAAUAGGGGACUUACACCUAGGAGAAAGAAGAUUGAUAGGAACCCCAGAGUAAAACAUAGGGAAAAGUUCAGAAAAGCCAAAAUUCGAAGGCGAGGCCAGGUUCGUGAAGUUCGUAGAGAAGAACAGCGGUAUAGUGGUGAACUGUCUGGCAUUCGGGCUGGAGUUAAAAAGAGCAUUAAGCUUAAGUGAAGUUGCUCUUUGACCUAGUUUUUGGUAAAUAAAAGUAUUUUGAACUAAA